AUGGAUGAGGAAAACAUGACGAAAAGCGAGGAGCAGCAGCCUCUGAGUUUGCAAAAAGCCUUACAGCAGUGCGAGUUGGUCCAAAACAUGAUAGACCUGAGCAUCUCCAACCUGGAAGGGCUUAGGACCAAAUGUGCUACCUCCAACGACCUCACACAAAAAGAAAUCCGGACCUUGGAGAGCAAGCUGGUGAAGUACUUCAGCCGGCAGCUGUCCUGCAAAAAGAAGGUCGCCCUGCAGGAACGCAAUGCGGAGCUGGACGGCUUCCCUCAGCUCCGGCACUGGUUCCGGAUUGUCGACGUGCGGAAGGAAGUCCUUGAGGAGAUCACCCCGGGCCAGCUGAGUCUGGAGGACCUCUUGGAGAUGACAGAUGAGCAGGUGUGUGAAACCGUGGAGAAAUACGGGGCCAACCGGGAGGAGUGUGCCCGCCUCAAUGCCUCCCUCACCUGCCUCCGGAAUGUCCACAUGUCAGGAGGCAACCUUUCCAAACAAGACUGGACCAUCCAGUGGCCCACCACGGAGACGGGGAAGGAGAACAACCCCGUGUGCCCCCCGGAGCCGACCCCAUGGAUCCGCACCCACCUCUCCCAGAGCCCCAGGGUCCAGUCCAAGUGCGUCCAGCACUACUGUCACGCCAGCCCCACCCUGGGGGCCCCCGUGUACACUCAUGUGGACAGGCUCACCGUGGACGCCUACCCGGGCCUGUGCCCACCACCACCUCUGGAGUCGGGGCACCGGUCCCUGCCCCCGUCACCCCGGCAGCGGCACGCGGUCCGCACCCCGCCGCGCACCCCCAACAUCGUCACCACCGUGACCCCACCAGGCACACCACCCAUGAGGAGGAAGAACAAACUGAAGCCCCCUGGGACCCCGCCGCCCUCCUCCCGGAAGCUGAUCCACCUGAUCCCGGGUUUCACGGCCCUGCAUCGGAGCAAGUCUCACGAAUUCCAGCUGGGUCACCGCGUAGACGAGGCCCACACGCCCAAAGCCAAGAAGAAAAGCAAGCCCUUGAACCUCAAGAUCCACAGCAGCGUGGGCAGCUGUGAGAACAUCCCCUCCCAGCAGCGCUCUCCGCUGCUGUCUGAGCGCUCCCUCCGCUCCUUCUUCGUGGGACAUGCGCCCUUCCUGCCCUCCACCCCUCCCGUCCACUCCGAGGUCAAUUUCUCUGCAAACACACUGUCAGUGCCGCGCUGGUCCCCACAGAUCCCUCGCAGAGACCUCGGCAACUCCAUCAAGCACAGGUUUUCCACCAAGUACUGGAUGUCACAGACAUGCACGGUCUGUGGGAAAGGAAUGCUUUUUGGCCUCAAGUGUAAAAACUGCAAGUUAAAGUGCCACAACAAAUGCACCAAAGAAGCCCCGCCUUGUCAUCUCCUGAUCAUCCACCGAGGAGCAAGGUUAGUCCGGACAGAGUCCGUCCCGUGUGACAUCAACAACCCUCUACGAAAGCCACCCCGGUAUUCGGACCUGCACAUCAGCCAGACGCUCCCCAAAACCAACAAAAUCAACAAGGACCACAUCCCUGUUCCUUACCAGCCGGACUCCAGCAGCAACCCCUCAUCCACGACGUCCUCCACGCCCUCCUCGCCAGCGCCCCCACUCCCGCCCAGCGCCACGCCGCCUUCUCCCCUACACCCUUCUCCGCAGUGCGCAAGGCAGCAGAAGAAUUUCAACCUGCCAGCAUCCCACUACUACAAAUACAGGCAGCAGUUCAUCUUCCCAGAUGUGGUGCCGGUGCCGGAGACACCGACGCGGGCGCCCCAGGUCAUCCUGCAUCCAGUGACCUCGAAUCCAAUCUUGGAAGGAAAUCCAUUACUUCAAAUUGAAGUGGAGCCAACCUCGGAGAAUGAGGAGGGCCACGAUGAGGCCGAGGAGUCCGAGGAUGAUUUUGAGGAGAUGAACCUGUCCCUCCUCUCGGCCCGGAGCUUCCCUCGCAAGGCCAGCCAGACCAGCAUCUUCCUCCAGGAGUGGGACAUCCCCUUCGAGCAGCUGGAAAUCGGCGAGCUCAUCGGGAAGGGCCGCUUCGGGCAGGUGUACCACGGCCGCUGGCAUGGCGAGGUGGCCAUCCGGCUGAUCGACAUCGAGAGGGACAACGAGGAGCAGCUCAAGGCCUUCAAGCGGGAGGUGAUGGCCUACAGGCAGACACGGCAUGAGAACGUGGUACUGUUCAUGGGCGCCUGCAUGAGCCCGCCACACCUGGCCAUCAUCACCAGCCUCUGUAAGGGCCGGACACUCUAUUCUGUGGUGAGGGAUGCCAAGAUCGUCUUGGAUGUCAACAAAACGAGGCAGAUUGCCCAAGAAAUUGUGAAGGGCAUGGGCUACCUCCACGCCAAGGGGAUCCUGCACAAGGACCUCAAGUCCAAGAACGUCUUCUACGACAACGGCAAAGUGGUGAUCACAGACUUCGGGCUCUUCAGCAUUUCUGGGGUGCUGCAGGCUGGCAGGCGUGAUGACAAGCUGCGUAUCCAGAACGGCUGGCUGUGCCACUUGGCCCCAGAGAUCAUCCGCCAGCUGUCUCCCGACACAGAGGAGGACAAGCUCCCCUUCUCCAAACACUCGGAUGUCUUUGCACUCGGGACUAUCUGGUAUGAACUCCAUGCCAGGGAGUGGCCUUUCAAGACCCAACCAGCAGAGGCAAUAAUCUGGCAAAUGGGCACAGGCAUGAAACCCAACCUCAGCCAGAUCGGCAUGGGAAAAGAAAUCUCGGACAUUCUUCUCUUCUGCUGGGCCUUUGAACAAGAAGAGAGACCUACCUUCACCAAGCUCAUGGACAUGCUGGAGAAACUGCCAAAGCGAAACCGCCGCCUGUCUCAUCCUGGACAUUUCUGGAAGUCUGCAGAGUAA